CUUCUUCUCCUUCAUCUUCAAUCAUUGUCGCAUCAAUUACCAAGAUCUAUCUGGAGCGCCGGCGGCCUUUACACAAUUCUAUGACUUUGUCGCCGCCGCUUGGCCUAGCCUCGCAGUUGUGAUAACAUCUCCGACUGAUCGAUCGCCCUUCUUUCAGCUCUGUUCAAUCAUCUACAUCUUCGAGAUGGAAUUUAUUGCGCAGUCGCCCGCCUCCGUUCUCCCAAGAAUCACAAGCCCUUUGCUAUCACCACCGGACGCAGCCGACAGCCGAUUUCACUCGCAUUUCUAUCUUAUCUGAUAAGCUUGUGGUUGGCCGACGGCUCAUGGCCGAGCACAACUUCAGCACGCAUAUCUGCUAGCAAACUGUGGCGUACAAUGCAUGCACCCUGGAGAUAAACUGGGACGAGUUGGAUGGUUGAAUUCCGACGGUCACUCCAAAUUGGUGCCAUCUCCUUGACAGAGUCAUCCGAUUUCGCAAACUGAUUACCUAUCAAGCCGUAGUUUGAAGCUCAGCACGAUAUCCAGCAAAGUUCAGCUGGUGCUGUCCCAGCUCAUGCUGGGUUUAUCAUCACAGUCCUGGCCAUGAUAGACAGCCGAAGUCGCUUAUUCCGUGGCGAUGGGUGACAACCCCAGACGAUGCGCCGAUGCGCUAUCUCACCCCUCCUCGAUUCGAACCCAGCCCAAUGGUUGCGACAGGCCGUACUCCUAUGUUCGUCCCCCACGUCCCGAGGUGCACCUCCAAUACCGGUUCCCCGACCGGCCGGCCUGAUAACAAUCCAACUCUAUUCAUGCCAGCUCCCCAUCGUGGAAUCUGGGGUUGCAUAUUUAAAGGAGCGAUUGUACGCCAUCAUGUCACCAAUAUCAGGCUUCAGAUUAGCAUCGCAUGUUUUCUUAGCUGACCUUGUCUUUUGAUCUGCAUCUCAUCUCACCUCGCUUGGGGCUCUUGGACUCGGACCCGCAGACACCCACCCGCUGCCCCAUCUCUAGCCAUUUGUCAAGCAUCUGGGGAACAAGAAGUGCUGAUAAGCUAUCUCUGGAUCCAGGAGUUAUCAGUUACAAGUCUUGGGUCACUAAGUCUAAAAAACAACUCUAGUCACUCCCGAAAACGGCCUCGUGUGCUCGCCAAUCACUUCUGUUAUAUGGAGAGGCAUUAGAAGUAUAAACCUCCAUAUUGCCCAUAUCAACUUUCAGUACUGGAGCCAUUUAAAGCUCUUGUCACUUAUAUUCAUCCAACGUUGACAACGUAGACAACCAAAGCCUGUGUCCGUUGAGUUGAUCGACGCCAAGAUACCUCUUUCGCUUGGACCACUCGAUGAUCAACGCCAUCGAUACCAAGCCAUUCCAGCGUCAGCCUGUUUCCAAUUUCUUCACACAACUCCAUCUAAUACCUUAAACAAUGGAUGAGGAUCAAGGGCCACAGUCCAUUGCGCCCGAGCAUGCGCCACCGAAAACAAUUGCUCAGCGUUGCAAUGGCCUCAAAAAGGCAUUCACUACCAGGCACGGCCUGAUUGGCGAUUACGACUAUGCCUUUCUAUUUCGACCAAACCUGCCUUUCAUGAAGAAGAGCGUCAACCCAAGUCCCUUCUUUGGUCUCAAUGACAAGAUGCCAGUUCUUUUGGGCUUGCUGCUCGGCUUUCAACAUGCAUUGGCCAUGUUAGCAGGUGUAAUUACACCACCGAUAAUCAUCAGCAGCAGCGCCAAUUUGCUACCUGAGCAACAACAAUACCUCGUCUCAACCGCUCUCAUCGUUUCUGGCAUCUUCUCUGCAGUCCAAAUCACUCGAUUCAGGCUUUUUGGUACACAAUACUACCUCGGUACUGGAGUUCUGUCUGUGGUUGGAGUCUCAUUCAGCGUUAUACCUGUCGCUCAAGGAAGUCUCGCUCAGAUGUACGCCAAUGGCUUCUGUCCUUCGGAUUCUGAUGGAAACCCCUUGCCUUGCCCUCAGGGUUAUGGAGCAAUUCUCGGUACCUCCGCUGUGUGUGCUUUGAUCAACAUCCUCGUCUCUUUUAUCCCCGCAAAGUUCUUGCUGAAGGUCCUGCCACCAAUUGUCACUGGCCCUACCGUUAUGCUCAUCGGUAUCAAGCUCAUCAAGUCGGGUUUCUCCAACUGGAUGGGUGGCAGCGGAGGAUGCAUGACUGCCACUGACGGCUUGUUUGCUCUUUGCCCCAACAUCAACGCACCUCAUCCUCUUCCCUGGGGAUCUGCAGAAUUCCUGGGCUUGGGUUUCUCUGUCUUUGUCGCUAUUAUCCUAUGUGAGCGAUUCGGCUCGCCCAUUAUGAAAUCUACCUCAGUCGUGAUUGGGCUCCUAGUCGGCUGCAUUAUUGCUGCUGCUUGUGGUUAUUUCGAUCGAUCUGGAAUCGACUCUGCCCCCGUUGCUUCGUUUGCCUGGGUACACACGUUCCCACUAUCAGUUUACGGGCCACUCGUGCUCCCCCUGAUCGCUGUUUACCUCGUCUGCGCCACCGAGGCUAUAGGCGAUGUCACGGCCACAUGCGACGUUUCCAAACUCGAGGUGACCGGAAAGACCUAUGAAUCUCGUAUCCAGGGUGGCAUCUUGUCUGAUGGUAUUGCUGGCUGUAUUGGUGCUCUCAUGACGAUGACUCCUAUGUCUGUCUUCGCUCAGAACAACGGUGUCAUUGUCCUCACCAGAUGCGCCAACCGCAAAGCUGGUCUUGCCUGCGCCAUGUUCCUGGUCAUCAUGGGUAUCUUUGCAAAGUUUGCGGCAGCUCUCAUUGCUAUUCCAUCAGCUGUUCUUGGCGGUAUGACAACCUUCCUCUUCAGUGCCGUGGCUGUAUCGGGCAUGUCCAUCAUUGUCCGUGGCGUCCCUUUCACUCGACGCAACCGCUUCAUUCUCACUGCUGGUCUGGCUCUGGGAUAUGGCGCAACGCUUCUACCCAACUACUUUGAUAAGAUCUUCACAUACAAGGGGGACAACCGCUCUCUUCAGGGUUUCCUCGACGCUAUUGUUCUUGUCAUGGAGACUGGUUUUGCAGUUGCUGCCAUCAUCUGUGUGAUCCUCAACCUCACGCUUCCUGAGGAGCUGGAAGAUGACAUUGAUGCAGCCCGUUCAGCGACCAAUGUCAUGAUCCAUGAGGAUACAGAGCAACAGAAUAAGGCCAUUGCAGGCUCAAGUCGGGAGCAUAGUAUCGAUCCGCAAAAGCAAAGUUGAAUGGGUAUAGGGAGAAACGUAUAAAAGCUCAGCAGGAAACAGGAUUCUGUACAUUUAUGAUGAAUAUCGGGUCAUUCAAAAUAUGAUGUCUCAUUUCAAGAAGCUCGGUCUCAGCAGAUGAAAAGUGAUGUUCAUUAAACAGCGUAAUCAUUCCAAUUCAUCAGCGACCUGACCUUAUCUAAGAAUCUCUCUUUCAGCUUUCCAAUAACGCCUAUAACCAAUGGCAACUCCCUUACUCCAGUACUCCGCGCCUCAUAAGGAUCAUCAAAGCUAUGCUUACACAAAGCAACACACCAGCCUAGUAAUUAUCCGUCAUGCCCUCACAUAUUAGACCCAUCAGCUCGUUACACCAUAGACCACAUGUGAUCUACUCUCGUAUCUCUGCUUGUGAAAGCUAUUCAUCUGUCUCCUGUAGUUCUCUUGAACCUCUCCCCAGAGCCCGCGGUGGCGUUCUUGUAUGCACUUGAGCAAGUCGCCUUCCUUCUUGAUCUUGCAAUGGCAGACGUUUGGUGUGCCACAGAACUUAGCUCGUGCCUGCGGAGUUGGAAAUUUGAUGCUAAGACGUUUGAGGUUGGGCCAGUUGACACUAUCGCUCGUUGAGGCAGGGUUGUUCAGCGCCAAACGUGCCAAGUUCCAAUCCAUCUCGCCGUCCGAUGGUGAUUGCUCGUAUCGUCGGGCUGAAAUAGGAGCAUCGCCCUUUUUCUUCUCGAUGGCCGCGAUGUCGCAGGAUGCCCCAUCUCUUCCAGAUCGGCGGCAAUUGCAGCGCUCUGGGUUCAUGUUUGUUUCGUCGUCAAUCUGAACCGUCACAAAUGAGAACUUGUCUCCUUGACGGUUCUGUGUGAAUAGGACCAGCAUUGGUUUGACUGGACGCUUGUGUAGAAGCCCUGUGGAGUUUGUCCCUGUUGAUAUACUGACACUGCGGACGUCGCUGUUGGACGAGUUGCUAUUGCUUGAAACGCCACUUGAGAUACUAAAAGAGCGUCCAUUGUUGGUCAUUGUUGUGCUGCUGGAUGGAGGCGGAAAGAGAGAGCUGGAACGACGAGGAGAUGGGGUUGACCCAACUGGCUUCCGUGGUGGAGACUGUCGCGGCGGUCCUGGUAUAGGGAAGAAGCCCUGUCUUUCAACAGGCGAGGACCCUAUUGGUUCUGGAGAAGUUCUUCCCGGCCACGAGCCGUAGAACUCGGGCCCUGUGGGUUGUCGCUGUGUUAUGGUUGGAAGGCUUGGGUGGCGACCAGGAGGGCCCAUGGCGAAGCCGUCUCCGCCGUUUCCAUAGGAAGAAAGCGUUUGCGCAGGUGACGCAAAUGGCCUGCUCGCAGAAAGGGGCGAACUUGGCAUGGCUCCCGAGGCAAGUGUCGAUAUGGAGUUUUGACGGCUUGAUGAAGUCUUGAUGGUGUUGACUGCGGCAUCGCUAUUAGUGACAAGCGAGCCCUCGGUGGAUUUGGGUAUCCAGAGUUGAAGACAAGCGUUCUCCAUGAUUGUCUCUUUGACGCCACCCAGAACGAAAAUGACUUGGCAGUCGUACUGCGUCGCAGAAGCCCAUGGCUUGAAUCCAGUAACCGCUUGUUGGAACUUCAGUAUAUCAGCUCCGUCCAUAAAAUCUAGUCUUGCGAUUCUUUCGUUCUGCCGUAGGAUGAUCUCUUGUGUCAUGUGAGUGCCGGUGGGCAAGGCGUAUUGUGGGUUGAAGAUCAUUGUAGUGAUAUCGAAGUCGAAUUUCUCAGCU